AUGUCCUCAAAGAGCAACAAUGGGAAGACGUAUAUGGACCAAUGUUCUCCUUGUUUUACAAUUGUGCAGCAAACUCGGCCAACUGGGGUGAUGUCAAAAUAUGGAACAGUGAUUGGAAACCAACAUGUGGCUGUAUUGCGACCUGUCAAAGACCUGCAGUACUCAUGGAUAUCCUCAGCCGUACCAAGUAAGGCUCAUCCAGAUGGGGUACAUUGGUGCAACCCCCAAUCCCCAAAGACAGCAUUUUCAAUCCAACUGCUUCAAUUACAUCACAUACUAUGGAAACAUUGUACCAUUGCCAUGCUACCCUCCUCAAAAGCUAUUGAUGAAUUUCCGGAUAUCAAUAAUCCCCUAAUCUUGGUUCCUCACGGUGAAGAUGACUUAGAGGAAUCAAGGAAGCAGUUAGGUCAAGCUGUUGAUGCAUUCCAGGAAAUGCUUAAAAGAGAGAACAAAUUAUUGGCCCAGGUGAUGAGAUUGGAACCAUUAGGUGAACUAGCUGACAUUUGCCCCAAAUGGUAUGGACAACAAGUUGAUGGUAAAAGAGAAGGACAGCCAGAUUAG